UCGGUCCACAGUUCAAAACAGUUUCUUCGGGUCAAAAAUAUCACUGAAAACUUUUUUUAAAAUGGUAUUUUCAGAAAUGACCUUGUAGAAUGGUUGCAGGAGAGAGUGUAGACGUGGUAUUGUGUGUAGAAAACACUGCCCAGGCCGGGGCAUCUAGAAAUAUUAUCAAAAAUGAUUAUAUUCUCCCGAUGCUUGAACAUUUUAAUGAUGGACCUCCUACAGAUCUUGAUUUCUCAUGUGUAGAGAAGAGUUCAACCUAUACACUCAUACCAUUCAAGGCGUCAGACUGCCUUCCUGAACCUGCAGCAAGAAUCCAUGGUCCGUUCACUUCUACAAAACGUUUAAUAAACACCUAUGACAGACUUGAGUUUAGUGGAGGAUAUGGGGAAACACAUACAUCAGGACAGGAAGCUAUUGCAUUAGCUCUUAAGGUUUUUGAUAAUCUUAAGUCCCGGCGUACAGAUGGUUUAAAGAACAGUUGCCAUAUUGUUUAUGUUUCAAACCAUCCUAUGUACGAUAUGCCCGUACUGCAGUGUACACAGUUCAAAGGGAAGAGCCUAGAUGAUAUGUGUCAGGAGAUGAAGAACCGGGGGGUCACCUUCUCCGUGUUUGCUCCGAGGAAGAUCCCAUUCCUCUUCAAGAUGUUUGAGAAGACAGGGGGAGAUCUGGUUCAAGCUAAGGAGAAGAACUAUUCCAAGGAUUUGCGUCACAUGGUUCUACUACGCGGAUUCAGUUUAGAGGAGAGACCAAUAACCCCUAAACCUCCUCCUGCCUCCUCCCCAGGGUUCCAGAUACCUCCUAAUCAUCAGCAGCAGGGGCUCAUCAACCAACCUUCACAGUAUAUUAACCAACAACAGGUAUCUAGUGGUGGACUAGUUGGACAACCUGGAGGUGUUCAAGGCAAUCAGACAAUACUACAGAGUGCUCUUUCACAACCUCAGGAUAACACUACAUUGAAAGAAUUGCUUGGCAAGAAACCUCUUCCCAUCAACCAAGGUUGGAACUUCCCAGUUCGAGGCCAGCUUCCCCAGCAGCCUCUGGUCAAUCAGAUACAGCAGCCGGUUAAUCCUAGAUUCCCUGGAACCCCGGUCCAAGGAGUUCAGGGUAUGCCAGGAAUGGUUCAUCAGUCCACCUCAGGUCAGAUGGCAGCUAUGCUGGGGAACCAACCUCUUAUGUCUGGGGGUAUGACAAGUCAGGUUUCUAUGGUUGGUAUGGGUGGAGGUCAAGGAGUAUCUGGAGGUUUAGGUGUAUCUGGAGGUCCUGGAGGUCUAGGUGUACCUGGAGGUCAGGCUGGUCAGCGCAAUCCUCAACAUCGUGAACGAGAGAUUAUCUGGAGCGGGGAGCUAGAAUGGCAGGAGAAGGUGAAAGAUGGACCAGCUGAUCAGAAAAUAUCUCAUAGUGUGGCAUGUACAGUCUCCACCAGCAAGGAUAAUGGUCAGGCUGAAGUUCGGCCUGAGAACUGGCCUGGGAAGCUUAUUAUGCAGCUUAUUCCUAAAACACUGGUUCAGACAAUUGGAGGACAAUAUUUCAGGCACUCUAAGUCUGUUCUGUUCCAUCCUACUGAUUGUGAAUCUCUGGAAGCUUUGACCAAAGUCAUGGGAUCAGGAUUCGCGGGCUGCGUUCAUUUCACAGGAAACUGUGAUAUCAAGGUUCUGAUAUUACUCUACUCUAGUGAGAAGAAAGCGUAUCUAGGAUUUAUUCCAAACGACCAGAUAAGUUUCGUUGAUCGAAUCCGUACAGUGAUUCAACAGCAGAAGGCUGGUCAGAUGAGACAAGGCCUGCAACAGCAACAGCAACAGCAGAUGCUGAACCAACAGCAGGGGAAUAUUCCUAUGCAGCAGGGAAACAUGAUCUCACAACCGGGAAUGAUGAUUUCUCAAGGUCAGCCUAUAGUAGGAGGGUCAGGGUUGAUGAACAAUCAGGGGCAACAACAGAUGGUGAUGAUGUCAGGGGGAAACAUGGUUAGGAUCCCACAGCAGGGGCAACAGUAUAUGCGGAUGCAGGAUCAGGGUCGGAUGAUGCACAAUCCCGGCAAUCCAGGUCUUCGGCAGAUUCUUCAACAACCCUCUAGCAUGAUGGGAGGCAUGCCGGGGCAAGUCAUGCAGAAUUCAGGCAUGCAGGGUCAGGUCAUGCAGGGCCAGGUUAUGCAAGGGCAGGUCCUGCAGGGGCAGAAUAUGCAGGGACAGAGCAUGCAAGGCCAGGGAAUGCAGAAUCAAGGCAUGCCGGUACAAGGGAUGCAGAGUAGUAUGAUGAUGCAGCAGAGGAUGAUGCAACAACAACAACAGCAACAGCAGCAACAACAGCAACAAAGCGAUCCUCUCAGAGAUCUUAUUUGAUUAUAUGAAUAAGAUCGUACAUUGUAAAUAUGAUAAAUGUUUAAUCAUAUUACUUUUAUUCCUUUGUUUGAUGAUCAUCGUUAAUGCACAUAUGAUCAAUGGUCCUAAUAAUUGUACUUUGUUUGAUGAUCAUUGUGGAUGCAGUACAAAUUCAUAUAUAUAUAUGAUCAUUGAUCAUAUAGCUUUUACCAUUGUUUUGGAUAUAACUAUUGCCAAUUUAUUCGGUAUAAACAUUCGCAUGCCUACUAUUUUCUUUAAGU